GCGCUCGACGAGCACGCCGUCGCGAUUCGGGUCAUCGACCCGGUCAUCGUCGCCGCGAGUGGCGACGCGGGGGCCCUGCUCGGCGUCGCGGCCCCCACGUCGGUCGAGGAGAUGCGCGCCGCCGCCGCCGCCCUGCUCGACCUCGGGCCGCAGGCGGUCCUCCUCAAGGGCGGGCGGCUGCCCGCGCCGGAGGCAGAGGCGGCGGAGGGCGGCGCGGCAGAGGCGGCGGAGGGGCGCGCGGCGGUCGGCAUGGUUGACGUCUACGCGGACGCGGAGUACGGAGUGGUGGAGCUGCGCUACCGGCGGGUGGCCACGAACAACACGCACGGCGCCGGUUGCACUCUCGCCGCGGCGGUGGCAGCCGAGCUCGCCAAGCAAGUGCACUCUGGGACGGGGCCGCUGCAGCCGCUCGAGGCGGUGCGGGCGGCGCGGGCCUACGUCGCGGAAGUGUUUGCGGCGUCCGCGGGCGGGAAGGUCGGCACUGGCCUCCGCGGGCCCCUGAACCACGCGCGCGCGCUAUGGAGAGGCGGCAGCGACGGUGCGGUGCACGACGAGCUUUAG